AUAUAACCCAUUUGUUUCGCCCGGCAAUAGUUUGUUGCUUCCAAUAACGUAGGAAACAAAUCACCAAAACUGCAAAACCAGUCCGUUGCCAAACACGGAUUUUUUAUUCCAACUCGUUUCCUUCUUUACUAGCUCCGUCCCAAAACAAAUCAAAAUUUCCAUUUCCCCAAAUCUCACCUUGAAGGCUUGCAAUUCUCUCUCUCUCUCUCUCUCUCUCUCUCUCGCUCGCUCGCUCGCUCGCUCGUGAAAUUACGCAUUUUUUGAUCGAAAACUUCUGAUUCACUGUCAUGGCCAGCCGUUACGAUUCUAAUCCGUUCGACGACGAAGAGGUCAAUCCUUUUGCAAAUCCUGGUAGUGUUCCUGCUGCAACCUCAAAGCUUUCGCCUCUUCCUCCUGAACCCUAUGAUCGUGGUGCAACAGUUGAUAUUCCCCUUGGUGCGGCAAAGGAUUUAAGAGCGAAGGAGAAGGAGCUACAGGCCAAAGAAGCUGAAUUGAAAAAGAGGGAACAGGAACUAAAACGGAGGGAAGAUGCCAUAGCCAGUGCUGGAAUUGUCAUAGAGGAGAAAAAUUGGCCACCCUUUUUCCCCAUUAUUCAUCAAGACAUAGCAAAUGAAAUACCAAUCCAUCUACAGAAGUUGCAGUAUGUUGCAUUUAUGACAUUGUUGGGUUUGGUACUGUGUCUUCUAUGGAAUAUAAUAGCAGUUACCACAGCAUGGAUCAAAGGGGAAGGUCCAACAAUUUGGUUCCUUGCUAUUAUCUAUUUCAUAUCAGGGGUUCCAUGUGCCCAUGUGUUGUGGUAUCGUCCUCUUUAUCGUGCUAUGAGAACUGAUAGCGCCCUCAAGUUUGGUUGGUUUUUCUUGUUUUACAUGUUUCACAUUGGCUUCUGUGUCUUGGCUGCAGUUGCUCCACCCAUUAUAUUCAAGGGGAAGUCUCUGACGGGAAUAUUGGCUGCAAUUGAACUUUUGAGCAGUAAUGCUUUGGUUGGAAUAUUCUACUUGAUUGGAUUUGGACUGUUUUGCAUUGAAUCCCUUCUCAGUAUCUGGGUUCUUCAGCAAGUUUACUUGUACUUCCGAGGCAGUGGCAAAACUGCAGAAAUGACUCGUCAGGCUGCAAGAGGAACCAUGAUGGCAGCACUAUAACAUGACAUUUCUGAAAUGCAGCUAUUCAUGGAUGAACGGGGCUGGAUCCGCUGGAGGAAUUGAUUCUUUAUGACUUUACCUCACUUGCAUUCCAUAGUUUGCAGUGUCAAGCCUGUCAAUGUGGGGCUUACAUAUAUUAUCAAAUGAAUAAAGUAAAGAAACAAUUUAUGUUUCGGUCAACAAACCUGUUAGAAGAGUUUUUGCAUUCGGAGAGGUAGUUGAUACAUGCCCUAUUUGAUUCUUUAACAGUCAAUUUGUUAAAUUGUUGUUCCUGCCUAUGGAAUGGUACAUUAAGAAAGUGUUGGGACAA